AUGGUAUAUGAGUACGAAGGUGGUUGGAGUGCUCAUCUGUCGGAUGCCUUAUGGGCUUACUUCACCUCUCCAGGAAGUGUUAUAGGUUUUUCGCCUUAUUUGCUUGUAUAUGGGUCCGAUGACAUCUCACCUGUGGAAAUCACUGUUCCCACGGCUAAAGUAUCGGCUGUCAAUGAUCUUGAAUGGGAUGCAAAGUCAUGCUCGGACUGGCACUUAUUAAACCUCGAAGUCGUGGACGAAAAAGGAGUAGAAGUCGAAAAAAGGAUGGCACUUUACCACAAAACUGUUGCUCAAGCAUAUAACAGGACAGUCAAGCCUUAA